CAGAGACAAGCCCCCUUGUGGUCUGAGCUCAGUCAGGAAAUUAGUUUUAAGUCAUCCUGUCACCAUGAAUUCUUCGCACGCUCCAUUUCUUAUAGGUUCAGUGUACCAAAAAAACAGAGGGGAUUUCCCAGCUUCUCUCUGCAAACUUCGGCAGCGAAUAGAAGACAAAGUGCAUAUUGUACAUUCUGAUAUCACAGAGGACCAACAGGGUGUGGUGUUUGCGGAGGACACUGGAGGAGGACUGUGGAAGUUUGCUGUCUUGAGUAAGGAGUUGAACUUUCACCUUCAGCAGCUGCAGACAGAGACUGAACACGAGAUCAACAAUAUCCAGACACAACAACUGCACAUUGAAGGCCGUCUGCAGCAGCUGACCUCUGAGUCGUUUGUUCUGCGAGAGAAGAAGAAACAAAUCCAGCAAGAAUUCACAAGUAACCCCACCCUUCACACGUCAACUUUGCAGUUGAGGGCUUGUCGGGCCCUUCAGGUCUCUAUUGCUGAGGGUCUGGUCCAGUCAGAAAGGCUUGUGUUCCAAAAGGAGGCACUGAGCACGCUCCGUAACCUUCUGACACAAGACCUGCACAGAUACCAGGAAGAGACUCAAAGACUAGCGUGUUUCACACAGAGAAUUCUCAAACACAGGCCAGAAGAGGAGACUUCCGCCAACAGCCCCAGUGGCCACAGCAUGCUAGAAAAGACCGAGAUAAACAACAUGGAGCCUGAAAGCGAAUCAAAUAAGCAAACAGACAGCCUGUCAGAGGAGGAGCCCUCCACUCCCCGAGUCGUGCCGCCCAGCCCCAAAUAUCAGCUGUUCCUCGACAAUGAUCUGAAGACCAACGGCUUGAGUGGCAAGGAUGCAGAUGGUCCGGGAGGCGGAGGGUCGCCGGGGGAAAACAGCCCCAGGCUGUCCCGGUGGGAGACCACUCAGCCGGGGCUCAACAACUUCCAAGGGUCCUUGGAGUCAGUUGCCUCCCGGGACUUAGAAACUGAUCGGACCAUCUAUGCUGAAAGCCCUCGAGUGUUCAACAGUCCCUACACCACCAUGAAUAUAAACGUAUCUGCUGAUUACAACCCCAUAUACCGAACGAAGGAGUUUAAGAGUGGAAUUUCCACCUCAGAGUUGAACCUGCACACCUUGAACAGUCACAGCAGCAGUCCCGUGCCUAUGAGGGGCUCCGCUCUCCUGCCCCCUCGCAUGCGCUAUACUGCCUACGAUUCUCUGUUGAAGAGGAGGAACGAGGUUCCCAACCCUGUGAUAUCAAGCCACUAUAGCAUGCGCGCUGCCACACUGGGGGGCCUCAGUAGAAAAGACUUUAUUGAGGAAUUGACCUUACAGUUGGAUAACUGUCAGAAGCGAAACCAGUUUCUGGAGGCCGAGAGUGUGGAGAUGGAGAAAGAGAGGACCCAAAUCAGGUUUGAAAUGAGGGGCCUAUUGGUGAACAGCGAAGACCUGCUGAGGACAAACACGCAACUGUCCAAUGAAUUGAAGAGAAUGAGGGAGCAAAUGAUCGAGAUGCAGAGAACAAAUCAGGCCAUGGAGGAGAAAAACAGAGAGAUGGAGAUUGAGGUGAAGCAGGCCCGCGACAUGAUGUUGGAGGCCAACACUCAGGAGUACGCCUUCGGCUUCCUCCAGCAGUCCCUUAAAAACAAGAUCCAGGAUGCUGAGGACUCCCUUGAGAAGGAGGCGCAGCACUCUCAGAAUCUGGCAGAGAAGUUAUGGCUGGCAGAGAGACAGAUGGAGGAGCUGGAGGUGGACAAAGACAGCAAAAGCAAGAAGGCGUCUGAACUCAGGGACACCGUCAUAAGACUGGAGACAGAGCUGGCCGACGCCCUGCAGAUGUCCUCGCAGUCUUCAGCAGAGUUUAACCUUCAGCAGAAAUUGCGUCAGGAUGCCCAGCUGAGGAUGGAGGAGCUGGAGGAGAGUCUGCUGGAGAAGGAGCAGGAGCUUCAGAAACAUCAGGCACUCAUCAUCAGACUGCAGGGAGAUGUGUCUGGUAAGCUGAUAGACAAAGAGCAGACGCUGGAGGAGGAGAUCCAGCUGAGAGAGAGACUCCAGCUGCAGUGCAAGCAGGCGGAGAGGACCGUGGACGACCUCCAAAUGGAGCUGCAGACCACCAUCCAGGCCAAAGAUGACCUGGCCAAACAACUCAAGCAGGCUCAGGAGAAAAUGAUUGACCUAGAGUCUGAUGUGGAGGAGCUGCAUGAUAGUGAGCAGAGAUGGGCCGCCAAGCACAAGAGAAAUAUUGAACAGACUGAGCAGCUGCAGAUGAAGCUCAUUCAGGAGAAAGAUCUGAACGACCAACUUGAAACUGAGAAGACCAUCACGGAGAGACAGUAUCGUGACCUGCGUCUGGAGAUGGAUGAGCUUCAAAGCAGCAAACCUUUGGAGGACGUCAUCUCCAAGACGGAGAGCCGUGUCAAAGAGCUGGAAAACCUUCUGAGAACUGAGGAGAGGAGCAAAGCCGUUCUUUCCAACACCAUUGGGAAACUGGAGAGGAGGAUCAACGAGCUGAGCGAUCAGAUAGAGGAAGAGCACCGGUUGGCUGCUGAGCAGAAAGACUUGAUGGCCCAGAGAAUCCGCUCGCUGAAGCGGCAGCUGAACGAGGCCGAGGAGGAGGCGAGCAGGCGCGACGCUCAGCUCCGUCACACUCAACGGGAGCUGGCCGAGGAGAGGGAGUCCAACGGACGGCUUCAGAGGCAGCUGCUCGACCAACACCUGCAAACAAAGCGUAAGGAGACCCUGACAAUUCGGCAGACCCUCGAUAACCUGCGGCUGGACCUCAGCGUGGAUGAUGAAGAUGAACUCGCGCCGCAGAAAAUAGAAGAGAAAGUGCCGGAGCAGAUCAGUAAGGUCACUGAGGUUUAAAAACCCACCGUCAAUUUGUCAGAGGGUGAGAAGGAUCCCGAUGGGCCUCCACUCGCAGCAGCUCUCAACACGUAUCACAGUCACAACACAGUUUCGCAUGUUCCAUGGGAUCAAGUUUAUGUGUGUUCAUGGAGGCCCAAUUCUACGCCGCAUCUUUGCGAGCGUGCAUGCUGUGCGUCUUUUCAAUCUAAAAGACGCACAGCACAGACACAUUGUCCACACGUAACAUGAUUUGUAGGCAUGCUUUACUUGAGAAACACAUUCUUUCUACCAUCGAAAUAAUCACAGGUCGUGAAAAAAAAUUGAAUGUAUCGAACAAAAAUUGUUCUUUAUUUGUGGUUGUAGCUUCUCAUGGUGACGAACUGAGCAGAGUUGAUUUUUCUUUUUGUUUUCAUGCAGUUCUUUGAAAUUAUUACAUUGUGCAGGCGUCCCUCAUGUGAUCUGCCAGCGAGUGUGGCAUCAGUUUUACCCCCCCCCCCCAAGUAUGAACAGACUAUAUCCAUCAAAGAUAGUCUCCAAUUAUGUUCUUCUACAGCGACAUUUGAAUGUUUAAGAUGAAUUGUAGAGUUAAUUCACGGGGAAGGGAAUGUAUGAUCAAAUAAGUACCAACACAAUAAUAUUCUCAGAACUUCAAAGAAUUGUCAAAUAUAUUUAUUACUGUCCUGAUCACCAAACUCACUGUUCAGAGGUAGUGUUUGAGUUUUAAAUGUGCCUUAACAAGUAUGAACUCACUAUUAAAAAAAAAAAAAAUUAAGAAGGUGUUUUAGAAUUCAUGCCAUUGUACAGAAAGGUUAUCAAAUUCGAGUAAAAUUUGUAUUUGUUACUCAACCGGGUUUUGCAAUCAUUUAUGCAGAAAAAUAAUGGGUGCAGUAUAAAAAUUAUUCAAGUUUUCAUUUUGAUUUUAUGGAGGUUUGCAGACAAUCUUUAAGGUUUUUUGGGGGGUUAAAACGUUUUUUUUUUUGUUUUUUUUUGGGGGGGGGGUCAUUAUAUUUUACUGGUUGUUACUAUAUUACAGGGAUAUGACAAAACACUGUAAAAGUGAAGAGCGUGGGAGUCACACAACAACUUUUACAAAUGUAUUUAUAAUGAAUAAACUGUGUUGACGUUGCAUUGCUAAUCACUCGCUGGGCAAAACAGGUUUGUAAAGUAUGAAAACUAAACUUCUGAAGCUGUAUCGCGAGUAUUUUGGGGGGUGUAUACUGCUGAAUUAAAAAAAAAAAAAAAAAAAAAAAAAAAAAAAGCAAAACAAAUAAAUAAACAAGCUGUGCCUUGUGCGUCAAUGAGCCUCAUGUGCUUAUUGAUGUUUUUAACAUCCAGACUGCAAUAUGAAGUUUUCAAACGGAAUUAACGUGAAAAUGCUAAUUAAUGGGCUUGCACGGAUACAUUGAAUGUUGGGGAAAUUAUGCUUCUUUUUGUUUUGAUCUUGACUAAAGUAUUUUGUGUGCUUUGAUACAUGAACUCACUGUCUCCUUUGGGCUCAGAGAAUAAAUGAGCUAUUUUUUUUACAUAUAUACAGUUUGUUCUAAACCUACUAUCCAGAUAAAGCCUGGAUUAUAUCUAUUUUGUUUACAUUUGCCGAUGUAUUUACUUUUCAUGCUGUUUGGAGUCGAUUUGAUUUAUUGCCUCGAUGUCAUUGCUGUUCUUUCUGCAUUAAAUAAAAGAAGCGACUACAAUUAUUUACAACAAAUUAAAAGAUACUGUUGUUUAUUUUCCAUUUCAUUAAACAUUUAUACUAGUUAUGCUGUU